AUGAUUGCAAUCAAACGUAGCGUCCGCAGCGAUUCGAGUGGCAUCUCUAGGCCUAACAUCUUCUCGCUUUUGCCUGGCUUUGACGCGGCGCAUGCAUUCCACGCUGCUGAACCCUGUGGGGGAAGACCGCGCGCGUCUCGCAACCGCGAACGAAAAUCCUCGGCCUCCAGCAGCAACGAACGAGCAGCAGCCGAACAUCGCUUCGCAUCGGCAUCGGCCCGCGCUGCUUCGGAUCCAGUGCCGCACAUUGCGCCGCGACGCUGUGCCAACGAACAGCAGCAGCAGCGUAUCGAUCAUCGCCCUCUCGGAGUCACCUCGAAUUGCGCUUUCUCGCUGCUCAGUCGUCCAUAG